AUGAUACCUAACAAUAAUUCUCAAUAAUCUUACCAAUUCUAUUAACCAAAUCAAAGUCAACAAGGUGAAGGAUAGACCUAAUAGAAUUAGAAUAUUCCAGUUAGUACUCAGCCCCCUCUUGGUUCAUCCACAAGUUAUACUAUGCCAUAAUGGAAUUCUACCUAUGGUGGCUCGGUGCCUACUCCUAAUAUAUAUAAUGCUUAAACACCAAACAAUGUAAUGCCACCAAACAAUGUAAUGCCACCAAACACCUCCUUUCCAUUCCCUAUUACAAACAUGCCAAACAUGCCAAACGUGCCAAACAUGCCAAAUAUGCCAAAUAUGCCAAAUAUGCCUCCCAUCCCAUCUAUAUCAAAUUUCUCAAUCCCAAAACCUAUACCACCCAAUAAAGAAAAAUAACAUCAAUAAAAAAUUAAUGAAUUAGAAUAAAAAAUACUAGAAAUAGAAGAAGAAUAUACCACUAAAAUGGCAAAAGAAAAAAGAUCAAUGCUAUCAUAGAUUGAUAAUUUAAAAAGAAGAAUUAAAGAUUUAGAAGAUGAAUAAUAUGAUUCUAAUCAAACAGUCUCAUCACAAAAAAACGAUAUUAAUCAAAAAUAGACAUAUAUUGAUAAAAUUACAAAAGAUAAAGCUAGUCUUGAAUAACAAUUUCGUGAUUUGUAAGAUGAAUAUGAAAAUCUCAAACUUUAAUACUAGUCGCUAUUACGAAGGACAUAAACUAAUAUUGGUGGGUCUACUUAAACAUUUGAUUAAACACUGACUUAAUAAUUAGAGAAUCAAAUGAGGAGGUUAAGGGAUGACUUUAAAAGAUAAAAAGAUGAUCUAAUGAAUUAAAAAAAUGCUUUAGAAGAUGAAUUAAGGAAUGCUAAAUCUGAACUAGAUAAAUCAGUCAAGCAAGUUGAGAAGGAGCAUCAAUAUUUUAUGGAAUCAAGAGAUGAGAUCGCUAAAUUAUAAAAAAUAAUCAAAUAAAAGGAUGACAAACUUAGAUAGAUAGAAAUCGAAAAGGAAAAUUCUUUUGAUUUGCUAAAAUAAGUUAAUGUUGAAAAACAGCGAUUGCAGGAUAAUCUAAAGGAAAAAGAAUUUGAGAUAUCUUCAAUAAAUCAAGAAAUUUCACUAAUAAAAAAAGAAUUAGAUUUUCUAAAGAAUUUAAUUAAAGAAUCCUCAAACGGAAAAGCAAUUAAACUAGAUUAAAAUAUGGAAUUUUUGUAAUUUGAAUAAGAAAAAUAAUGGCUUCAAUAAAAAAAGCAUUAGGAUCAAGAAAAAUUGAAAUCUGAAAACGAAUAAAAAGAAUUCUAAAGAAAAGAAAAAUUAGAGAAAGAGAAAAAGAGAAAACAAGAAGCACUAGAAUAAUUGGAGAUAAAAAAAGGAAAUUUAAUUUAAAAGGGAGCUGAAAAUAUGUAAUAAGCUAAAAGAGUGUAUGGUUAGUUAGAUGUCUGCUUUAUAGUCGAUGUUACAGGGUCUAUGGACUCAUAUAAGGACUAAACCAAAAGGUCGGUCUAAGGAUCUUUAAAAAUCAUAAAACAAGCCACAAAUAGAGAAACUAAUUGGGCAUCAGUUUGUUAUUAAGAUAAGGAUGAAUAAAGAUAAUUAGGGGGAAAAUAUCAUGAAUUUCCAUUUUCAAAGGAUUAGUAAGCGCUUGAAAAAUGGUUUGAUGGUAUCAAGUGUUCUGGAGGUGGCGAUGCAGCUGAAGAUAUAAGAGGAGCAAUUAAAUAAGUUUGCAAAUUAUAGUGGCCAAGCAAAUUUAAAAUUGCCAUUAUAAUAUGUGAUGCUCCAUGUCAUGGAAAGAAAUAUAAUGGAGGUUGUGGAGAUAAUCAUCCUAAUGAAGAUAUUUAGGAUGCUAUAGAAGAAUUGAUAUAGAACGGCAUCGUUUUAAUAGCCCUUAAUUUUACAAAAUUUACUACAGUUAUGUAUGAAGAAAUAAAGAAAAUAUAUGAAUCUAAGAAGAGAUUAGAUUUGUUUCUUUACUAAGAUUUAUAAAAGAUGGAUCAAAAUUAAAUGGCAGCCACUAUGACCAAAUAUAUAGGCGAGGCAUCAUAAAAUGCAACCCAAACAAAUAAAAACUAAACAAAAUCUAAAUAACCACAAAUUUAAUAAGAAAUUCCAAGAGAAAAAGAAGGAGCUAUGGAAGCUCUAUGUAAAUAGGGCAACUUUUAUAACUUUGAAACAUAGGAGAAUGUGAAAAUUGUUAAUACUAAAUUCUAAGUUUGGAGAGUAGAGUUGAAGGAAGAGGAAUUCAACAAAAAUAUUGAAAGCAUAGACAAAAUUUAGUGCCCAUAGGACUUUUUAAAGACGAAUGAAGGAAGUUGGAAUUGUAUAAGAACUGAAAAACCAUUUGCCUUUGGUAUGAUGAAGGAUGUAUUUUUAAUGAAAAAAACAAAUGUGUAAUCAGAUGAGUUAUAUGUCAUAAAAACACCUAUUGGUAGCUUACCCUACAAAUCUAUGGAUGAUGCAUUAAAGGAAUGCAAAUCACAUUUGAUCUGUUAGAAACUAAUGAAACUAUUUGUUAAUGAAUUAUAAGAAAAGGCAAGUGAAAAGUAAAUCAAUAUCAAAAUACCAUCUGUUAUUUAUAGUGAUUUCUUAAUUCUUGAAGAAUCAAAAAAUUCAUUUUGGAUAGCAGAAAGAUUUUUUAAGGGAGAAUUUGUUAAAUAUAAUAAUAAUUAUGGAUUCAUAAAUGAAGAUCAUACUUCAGAAUUAAAUAAGUUUGCAUAAUCAUUUACUUAUUAUACAUAUUUUAUCAGCACAUUUAAUUAUAUGGUUAGCGAUGUGCAAGGAGUUGGUAAUUAUUUCACUGAUCCAGCCAUCAAUACAAUCAAAGGUAAUUUUGAUGAAACUGACAUGGGAGAGGAGGGCCAAGGGAUGUAUUUGGUUAACUAUGAAAAUAAAAAGGUACUAUUAACUUCUGAAUAUCUGGGUUUAUUGAAUAUAUAUGAAUGAUAUUUAUUAUAGAUAUGUGUGGGAUAAUUAAUAUUAAAAUAUAAUUUAUUUGAAAUAAAA